AUGACUACUAUUGAAAGAGUAAUUUCAUCCGAAGUGAAUUUGGUGCAGUUCGAUGUUCCAAAAUUGAUUUCCACUAAACCUAUGCCGACGUUGACAACACAGACUAAACAAAACAAAUAUUCUAUGGAAAACAAUGUUCGCUCGAUGGACUCUGGAGACUAUGUGGAUGAGGCUAAACAGCAUAAUUGUACAGAAGUUUUGAAUAGUAUAUUACCACCAAGGGAAUGGGAAAUAGAUGGUAAAAUAUUUUCUCAACAAAUAUCCAUUCAACCGGCUACUAACAGGGAUGUGAAAAACCUUGUUAAUAAAUUUGAUUCAUAUUUAAAAGAAUAUAACGCCAAAGAGGUGGGGAUUUGUCCGAUCAAACAGGAAAUAUACAGUCAAUGUUUUAACGAAGUCAUAAGACAGGUGACGUUGAACUGUGCGGAACGGGGUUACAUGUUGAUCCGGAUUCGAGAUGAACUCCAGAUGACUAUUGAUGGCUAUAAAGAAGUGUAUGAGAGUGCAUUAGCUCACGGGAUUCGAAAAUCAUUGCAGCGGGAACACAGAAGGACCGAAUUAUUGAAAAGUGCGAACUAUUUAAGGUCCGAUAACGAAAGGUUUGAGGCCGAGCUGAAGAAAAUUACUUUGAAGACAGAGAAGAUUGAUCAAGACACGGCUGAAGAACGCAACGCAUUGGUUAAACGUCUAACAGAAGAGUUGGAUGGUGUGAAAAAAGCCAACCAACUGGUCAAAGAUCAAUUAGAAUCUAUCGUAACGCCGAAGAGAAAGUAA